CCUUUUUUCCUUCUCUGAGUCUCUCUUUGAGAGAGGGUGGAAGCAGAGGGUGCGCCAAACCUCUUGAAAUACGCACACCGCUCUCGCCUCUCUCAGAUCCUUGUCUUUCAGCAUCACUCUCAUUCCUUUCUCUCCAUGUGAAGCUAACCCAUUUCAAGAUUUGCUGAGGCAAUCUUGCUCCUCUCCAGCUUAAUUUUCAGGAUAUAAUGGGGAAAAAGGUCAAGAAGAAAGGCCGAACUGGCCACAAGGAGAAGAGGGGUUCGGCCUCUUCACUGAAAAUUGUUCCCCAACAAUGUAAUCCAAGUUCUGAGACUGUUGCUGAUGGAAAUACAGUGGUCAAAGGGAGAGAACCAUGCAUCCAUUUUAACAAGGGUGUUGAUUUGGGUAAAAUCUCGGCAAAAUUUGGGUUGCCAGAACCUAUUCGUUGUGAAGACUGCAGGGAAGGAACUAUUGAUAGGCGGGGCAAUAGAGCUAAGGGUAAACAUGGGAAAAAAGGGAGUGGUUCCGUGGAUUCAAAAUCGGAGUCAAAAGCUAUUUGGGUCUGUUUGGAAUGUGGGCAUUUUGCCUGUGGAGGUGUUGGAUUGCCAACAACCCCUCAGAGCCAUGCAGUUCGUCAUGCCAGGCUAACUCGUCACCCCCUGGUGAUCCAAUUUGAAAACCCUCAUCUCCGCUGGUGCUUCCCAUGCAAAAUGGUAAUUCCAGUUGACAAAAUGGAAGCAAAUGAUAUGUUAUUGGACAUUGUGAAAUUGGUAAAGGGGCGAUCUGUGAAGGGGCCGUCUGUAGAUGGUGAGGAUGUUUGGUAUGGAGGUGGCAGUGUCAAGAAUGAAAAAACACCAGAUAACAACCUUGAAAUAAUACCAGAUAACACUCUUUCAGGUGAUUUAGAUGAAAGAGAUUCUUACGUAGUAAGAGGCUUGAUCAACAUUGGCAAUACUUGCUUUUUUAAUUCAAUUAUGCAAAAUCUUCUGGCAAUGAACAAUUUGCGGGAUUACUUCUUGAAGCUGGAUGGUUCUAUAGGGCCUCUUACUAGUGCAUUUAGGAAGGUCUUUGAUGAGACAAGUUCGGGCACAGGAUUGAGAAACGUAAUAAAUCCAAAAUCUGUUUUUGGGUGUGUAUGUGCCAAGGCUCCCCAGUUUAGGGGAUAUCAGCAGCAGGACAGUCAUGAAUUGCUCCGUUGUUUACUCGAUGGAUUGUGUACUGAAGAGUUGGGUGCCAGAAAACGGGCAAACUCCUCUCAAGAAGAUGGGAUUUCACCAAAUGAGGCUCCUACUUUUGUGGAUACAAUGUUUGGGGGCCAAAUAUCCAGUACUGUUUGUUGUGUGGAAUGUGGGCACUCCUCAACAGUGUAUGAGCCAUUUUUGGAUCUCUCGCUUCCAGUUCCAACAAAGAAGCCUCCAUCUAGGAAGACCCAACCAGUAUCUCGCCCUAAGAAAACAAAGCUGCCACCAAAGAAAGCUGGAAGGGUUCGUUCAAAAGUAAACAAGGAUGCAGAUUCUCUAGUGGCUCUAAGCGUUCAACACCCAUCAUCUGAUGGUGAUUCUUCCAACCAAAUUCAAUCUAGUGCACCUGUUGCAGAAAAAUUGGUGUCAUCUUCAGGUGAUUCUGCGGGGUCAGAUUUAGUUUCCCCAUGUGCCGUGGCUGAUGUCAAGGAUUCAGUUUCAAAGAAUAUCUCUACUUCGGAAGAAUUUGAGAACAAGCAAGUCUUUGAGAAUGUUACUGAGACCAAAGCUGCACCAUCAGAUGAUUUUACAUUGUUGGAUUGCUCUGAUACUUUUACAUGGUUGGAUUACCUUGAUCCAGGAGCAGUAUUGGAUGUUCAUAAUGUGGCUUCACAAAAUAAAGAUGUUUCAGUUAUUCAAGAUUCAGGGAACCAGGAUAAUGUUCAGAAUGAUGUCUUAUUGCAAAAUGCCUCUGAAUUUAGUAGUCAGGUUUAUCCACACAAGGGAGAGCCAAAUCUAAAAAUAGAUUCUUGUUCUGCAAAUUCAUGGGAAGAAGAACUCCCAGUGCAAAUUCAAAGUUCUGAAGUUUUGCUGCUUCCCUACAAGGAAGAAACAUCAACUGCUGUAGAGAUCACAACAGGACAAGUUGGGCCUUCAGUAGUUUCAGGCUCCAAUGAAGAGUUAUUGGAUUUUGAUGGUUUUGGUGGCUUAUUUGAUGAGCCUGAGGCAGCUUCAGGGGUAAAUUUGCAACCAUUGUUAGGCGAUAACAGCUUCAACGCAAAUGAAGUUGUGGGAACUGGUUUCAUAAAUAGAAACAGCAGCGAGUCUGAUCCAGAUGAAGUUGAUAAUUCCAAUUCCAUGGUGUCAAUAGAUAGUUGUCUGACCUAUUUUACAAAGCCAGAGCUUCUCUCCAAUGAACAUGCUUGGCAUUGUGAGAAUUGUUCAAAAAUUUUGUGGGACCAGAGGAUAAAAACAAGGACCAACCUGCCAAAUACUAUAUCUAAGAUUCAGAUGAAUGGAAGUGAGGGUAAGAUUCAAAAUGGCCCAUUUGGUUUGUGCAAGGACAUCUCUCCUGAUGAAGUCAAAGACAUUGAUAAUGAAAAUGUAAAAAAUGAUGGUCAUAAUAUUCUGGGUGGCUUGGCACCACAUGACAGGAUAAGUGAUGAUGAUUCAAAGCAAAACGGCCUAAAACUCCAAACCAGCCAAACAGUUGAGGUGAACCCAGUUGUUUCUCAAUGUGAAGGAGGAAAAAGCAAGAUGAACUAUGCUCUUCCAGAGCUAUCACAUUCUUCAGAUACUUAUAAAACCUGCAGUCAAGCAAGCUUAAGUGAUCCAGCCAGUGAUUCAUGUAGUGUUCAUGAGCCUAAUAGUGUUGGAUGUAACACUGGUAAGCAAAGAAAUUCACAGAUGUUAACUGGGGAGCUUGAAUCAGAAGAAGAUGAGGACAAGGAGAUGGAUUCUGAAAGUGUAAAAGUGAAGAGGGAUGCAACUAAAAGGAUUCUCAUUAAUAAGGCACCACCUAUUCUGACCAUUCACCUGAAGAGGUUCAGCCAAGAUGCUCGUGGGCGCUAUAAUAAAUUGAAUGGACAUGUGGUUUUCAAAGAUUCAAUUGAUCUUAGGCCAUUUAUGGAACCCAGGUGUGUAGAGAAAGGAAAAUAUGAAUAUCGGCUGGUUGGAGUAGUGGAGCAUUCUGGAAGCAUGAGAAUGGGGCACUAUGUUGCAUAUGUGAGAGGAGGGGAGAGGAGGAGCAGUGGGCAGGCUAAAAAAGAAAGUGGACGGGGUGUGUGGUAUUAUGCUAGUGAUGCUUCUGUGCGUGAAACUUCCCUGGAUGAAGUUCUUCGAUGUGAGGCCUACAUCUUGUUCUAUGAAAAGAUAUAACAAGCUUCCCUUGAAGCCUUGAAGAAGAAGAAAUUUCACAUGAGAUGGAGGUGUCCUCUCAGCAGAUGAUGAGAUGCUGAGCUUCUGUGAGUUUUGGGACGAAUGUAUGAGUGAGAGAGAGAGAGAGAGAGAUAUAUGGACGUCUGCUUUGCAUGCCCCUAAUGAUGUUCAUUGACUGACUGUCUGGGGAUGAAACUAAGCACCCACCCCCACCCUCACCAGAGAGACACACAGAGAGAGCAGUAGUAGCAGCAGCAGCAGAGGUGAGUGUAUAACGCCAAUUGCGAGAUAUAUGAUGAUAGCCAUUCUAUUUUUAUUUUUCAUUUUAAAAUUUUUUCCUUUUUGAUAUGUGAUGAGCUCAAAAUUGUACACUUUCCACACUCCUGAGAAAAUGUGGAAAUUCUGGGUCCCAUUUGUCCUGGAAUCUCUUCAGCUUAAUUGAAACACUGAGGAGUUAUUUCUUUUGCAACAACUCAUUAACAUCCAGAGAGAUACGACUGCUUGGACAUGAAUAGCAUUAUGUGCCCUAUCAGUUCAUAUAUUACUACUA